UAAUGAUUCUGUUGUACUUGUUGAAUGCUCGAUUUCGAAUUCUAAAUACAGUAAAUUCGUUGUGCCUGUGUCUUCUUAAUCCAAUUGCGUUAAUCCUGGAAUUCCUAAUUCAUACGACAAUUAGAAUACUAUAUUGGCGUCGUGAUGGAACCUGCAAUGGAAAAGUUGGAUAUUCAUUCAACUCCUGAAGCUUUUGAGGAUUAUUUGGAAAGGUUCGAAAUUUGGAGCAUGACCAAAGAAGAUGAUGAGGAUGUUAAUAUUGUGGCACACUUCCUCACAUUCAUUGGGAGAGAAGCGUACAGCUUAUUAAAAACUUUAGCAUAUCCAGAAAAACCUAUUUCACUCCCUUAUGCAACUCUUAAAGAGCUAUUAUUAAGUCAUGUAAAAUGCACCAGUUUUGAAUGCCGUGAAAGGGCGAAGUUUCAUAAGAUGAUUCGUCAAAAUGACCAAAAGGCUCGGGAAUUCAUCUUCGAAUUACAGAAACAAGCUGCCAAGUGUAAUUUCGGUGAUCAACUUCAUGUGCAACUGAGAGAUCGAUUAAUUGCAGGAAUUAACAUACCGAGUUUGGAAAGAGAGCUGUUAAAAAUGCCAAACUGUUCUUUUCAAGAUGCUAGGACUGCGUGUAUUAACUACGAAGCAGUGCAUGAACUUGAUAUCCAGUCGAUGAAGAUUUCUGUUACUUUGCUUAGUUGUCAUGAUGAACUACAAUCUCAGGGUCAAUCAAAUUUGCGUUCAUUUAACAGUGAUUCCUAUUCUCGUGUAAAUACGAAAGGUGUUUCAACGAGGGAUUACAAAGCAAAUCACAAAGGUGAGAUGAAGUUUGGUAAAUGUUUAUCAUGUGGAAAGUUUCAUGCUCGCAGUUCAUGUGUAUUUCGUAAUGCUAAAUGUUUUAAAUGUGGUAAGGUAGGACACAUUCAGUCAGUAUGCAAAGCUACUGUCCAUUUUGCUUCGAGCUGUACUAAAUCUUGUAAUUUAAAUUUAAAUAAUUCGGAUGUUUCUAAUGAUCAUUUAUCUUUAUCAACGAUUUCAAAAGACAGUGCAGAGUCAUAUGGCAGUUCAGAGUUAGAUGAAAUCCAGAAUUCUUGUGAGACAACAGUUCCUAAUCAACCGAUUUUUCAGAAUUCUCAUGCUAUUGUACCAGGUAUGACUUUUCCUAAUGAUUCACAUAUUUCUAAUGAAAUUACUUGCAAUUCUGAGGAAAAUAUGUUAAAUGAACCUAGUCAUGAUCGGAAACCUGAUGUGGUUUGGAUAGAUGCUGAUUUUUCUAACGAUCCUACGCUCUGCACUGACAGUCCUAAUGAAUUCCGUGAGAAUAUUUCAGAAGAAUCAAAUGCUGAUGUCAUAUCAUAUAUUACCUAUCCUCAUAAUGUAUUUGAUCCUUGCGGAAAACCUGCUCAAUGCGAAGCACGAGUACUAAGUGAUCUCGAGUUUGAUUACAUUUCGGAUGAUUUCAUAUCAACUGCUGUUUACCCUUAUCACAAAAACAGUUCUAAUGUUUACUCUAAACAAUGUGAGAAAUAUGUUUUAAAUGAAGCCACAUUAUUCAUAACUUGGGGAUAUAAAGAUUCAACAUUAUUUUGUGGGGGAGGAUAGUGUUGAAAAAUCUAUGGUUCAAAUUCUAGAUAUUAUUGAUUUCAUUACAAAACCGGCAUGCUGGUUGUAUACAAUCCCAGGUGAGUCUGUUCCGAUUUCGUUAGUUAAUUCCAAUACUAAUGAGCACUUUCUAGAUACUACAAAGUUUUUGUCUUAUACAAUGUAGGACAGACUCAGGAUGAACUUAACAAG